AUGAUCGCUGCCAGGAACUUCUCUGCUGUCCGUCAAUGCCUGCGGUCGACCCGCGUGGCCCCCAGCUUUGCUCCUGUGUCGCAGCUGCGUGGCUUUGCCAGUCCCGCCGAUGACGCCGUCGCCAAGUUCAAGGGUCAGAAGGGCGCUGAUGGCAAAUACACUGUUACUCUGAUUGAGGGUGAUGGCAUUGGUCCCGAGAUUUCUCAGUCCGUCAAGGACAUUUUCGAGGCCGCCAAGGCCCCCGUCAAGUGGGAACCCGUUGAUGUCACCCCUAUCCUGAAGGACGGCAAGACCGCCAUUCCCGACGAUGCUAUCAAGAGCGUGCAGAAGAACUACGUCGCGCUUAAGGGUCCCCUCGCUACCCCUGUCGGCAAGGGCCACGUCUCUCUGAACCUGACUCUCCGUCGGACGUUCAACCUGUUCGCCAAUGUCCGCCCCUGCCGCUCGAUUGCCGGUUACAAGACUCCCUACGACGGCGUCGACACCGUCCUGAUUCGUGAGAACACCGAGGGUGAAUACUCGGGCAUUGAGCACGUUGUCGUGGAUGGUGUCGUGCAGAGCAUUAAGCUUAUCACCAAGGAGGCCUCCGAGCGCGUGCUGCGCUUCGCCUUCCAGUACGCGCAGUCGAUCAACAAGAAGAAGGUCCGCGUCGUGCACAAGGCCACCAUCAUGAAGAUGUCCGACGGUCUGUUUCUCAACACCGCCCGCGACAUCGCCAAGGAUUUCCCCGAUGUCGAGUUCGACGCUGAGUUGCUGGACAACUCGUGCCUGAAGAUCGUGACCGACCCCACCCCGUACAACGACAAGGUCCUGGUCAUGCCCAACCUGUAUGGUGACAUUCUGUCCGACAUGUGCGCUGGUCUGAUCGGUGGUCUUGGUCUCACUCCCUCCGGUAACAUUGGUGACGAGUGCUCCAUCUUCGAGGCCGUCCACGGCUCUGCCCCCGACAUCGCUGGCAAGGGCCUUGCCAACCCCACUGCCCUGCUUCUUAGCAGUAUCAUGAUGCUGCAGCACAUGGGUCUCCACGACCACGCUGCUCGUAUCCAGAAGGCUACCUUCGACACCCUUUCCGAGGGCAAGACCCUCACCGGUGACCUGGGCGGCAAGUCCAAGACCCACGAGUACGCCGAGGCUAUCAUGAAGCGCCUGUAA